UAUAUAUUAUGCACCCAUUCUAUCUUUCUCACUACAUAUCAUUCAUCUUCUCUCUUUAUCUCUACGUCGAGCUUCAGCGAUGAACCAAACAAGCAUAGAGGAAAAUUUUGACAGAGAUCGCCAUAUGGGGUUGUUUUUCUUUGGUCUGCAAGUGGCGGAGCAACGUCAAUCGCUAUCGGAAACAAACCCAGAAGUCGUUGUCCUUAACUCCGUCAUCCGAUCCCUCUCUUUCAUCCCGAUCCCCCCCGGCGGCUCCCAAAAAUCUGGAAUUUUGCCUGCGUCGAAGGCUUCCAUUGAUGCCAUGCCCAGAAUAACAGUAACUGAUGAUUGCGUCAAGGACUGUGCUAUUUGUUUAGACGAAAUGCGUGUUGGCAGCGAGAUGCGAGAGAUGCCGUGUAAGCAUGGUUUUCACUCCGGUUGUAUUGAGAAGUGGCUUGGGUUGCAUGGGUCGUGUCCGCUUUGUCGUUUCAUUAUGCCGGUGGAAGAUGGCGGUAGUGACAGUGACGGCGAUGGAAGUGAAGAAGGGCGGCGCCAGAGGAGGAGGGUUAUUUCUUACAAUAUCGUCAUUCUAGGUGGUGGGUGGGGAUCAUCGGAUACGGAUCAGAAUUAGGAUUCAGAGUCGGAAAAUUCUUAUAGCAGUAUGGAGUCAUUUGACUAGCCAAAAGUGACCAUCACAAAUUAUUUUUACUUUUAAAUAUUCAUUCAUUUAAUAAAAAUAAACAUAUUUUUAAGCGUUACACAACCUGAAUCCCAAAAUAUAUUUUGAUGAUCUAAUUCUAUGAAUGAUAUUUGCUGUAAUUAUUACACUAAUGUUUAUAUGAGGGAUUUUCCCAUUUAUAUCCACCUGUCUAGGAUUAGGAUUUGGAGUGUAAAGGUUAUGAUUGUGGGAUUGGGUUGGAAAAAAGUCCAGUCCUACUUAACAGUGUAAAAGUUGAGGUGAUGAGUAGUAUGCAAGUGGCAUCUGGUUUAAUGUAGCAGUGGUUAUCAAUCUUCUCUACUAAAAUGUGAAGUGAUGGAGAAGGAUCAGAAGAGAGAAGUGUUAGAGAAGGACCAAAACAGAGAGAAAGGAAGCACAACCAAAGAUGGCCUCUCAUUUAGGCAAAAAUUGACUCCAAUCAAUUUCUUUCAUGUAUAAGAAUCUGUUAUUGGUUGGAAAUGCUCUGAUCUAUCCAUCAAGGAUGUUCAAAUAAAUGUUCGCUAGAACCCUUGUCAGUA